AUGGACUCUUGUGUGGGGGAAAUGUUAGAUUCAUACUUAGGUGAAGGAUUGGGUGGAGUACGCUUUGUUGGGAUAUGUGGGAUGGGCGGAAUGGGCAAAACAACUCUUGCAUUGGAAAUUUAUAGAAGAAUUUCUGAUAACUUUGAAGCUAGUAGUUUUAUUGCUAAUGUUAGAGAUGCAACUAAAAAUCAAGGUCUAGUUUCUUUACAAAAACAACUUCUUUCUAAAAUCCUCAUGGAAAGUGAAAUAAAUAUAUGGGAUCUUUAUGAGGGAAUCAAUGUUAUAAGGAAUACAUUAUGUAAUAAAAAUGUUUUUAUUGUUCUUGAUGAUGUGGAUGGAGAUGAACAACUAAAAGCAUUAGCGGGGAGACAUGAUUGGUUUGGUCCAGGGAGUAGAAUUAUUUUAACAAGUAGAGAUAGUCAUUUCUUGCAAAGAAAUGAAGUGGAUGAUGUAUAUAAAAUUAAAGGGUUGAAUGAUGAUGAAGCUUUGAAGCUUUUUAGUUGGAGUGCUUUUAAGAAACCCCAUCCUAAAGAAAAUUACGUGGAUUUGUCUAAGUACUUUGUGAACUAUGCUAAAGGCCUUCCUUUAGCUCUUAAAGUUGUAGGUUCUUCGUUGUAUGCUAAAGGAAGGAAGGAAUGGAAAAGUGCCCUAGAUAAACUAAAAGAAGAACCUAAUAGAACCAUUUUGGAUAUACUUCAAAUAAGUUUUGAUGGGCUUACAAAUUCUGAAAAAGGACUGUUUCUAGAUAUUGCAUGUUUUUUCAAUGGAGAAAAAAAGGAUUGCAUAAGUGAUAUACUGGAAAGUUUUGGUUAUUAUCCAGACUACAAUAUUGGUGUUCUUAAGGACAAAUCUCUCAUAACCAUUGAUGACCAUGGAAUUUUGUGGAUGCAUGAUUUGCUGCAAGAUAUGGGUCAAGAAAUCGUUCGUCGCGAAUCCCCUAAAGAGCCUGGUGGACGUAGUAGAUUGUGGAUUUAUAAGGAUGUCAUUCAUGUAUUGAAGAAUAAUACUGGAACAGAGGUAGUUGAAGGGAUAAUGCUAAACCUACCAAUUCAAAAAGUGGAACACUUGAGUCCUGAAGCCUUCUCAAAGAUGAAAAAUUUGAGAUUGCUUAAAAUUGGUAAUGAGAAACUUCCAGAAGACUUCAUAAAUGGUAUUGUGAAACUUCCAAAAGACCUCAAUAGGGGUAAGGUGCAAUUUCCAGAAGGCCUCAGCUAUCUUUCUAAUGAGUUACGUGUUAUUGAAUGGCAUGGAUAUCAUUUAAAAUGCCUACCAACCAAUUUCCAACCAAACAAACUUGUUGAAUUGAGAAUGCAUUGUAGCGGCAUCAAACAACUAUGGAAAGGAAAUAUGGCUUGA